AUGCCGCCACGACUCAAUCUCCUCUCACGGGCAUCGUUAUGUCGUCCCACGGCGCCCCAUGCGAGUGUAGCUUCGCUAUUGCAGCCCUUCCUGCGUAGUGCACAACAACCCCAACAGCAAAGAAACGCCUCGAUUCUCUCAUCGCUCUCGGACAACUCUGGCGCAUACAACAAGAAGAUCAGAAGAGGAAGAGGUCCUUCGUCGGGCAAGGGAAAGACAUCAGGACGUGGUCACAAGGGUCAGAAGGCGCACGGAAAGGUGCCGCGCAACUUCAAUGGUGGUCAAACACGCGAAGAGGUUGUCCACGGUGUCAGAGGUUAUGAGAACCAACACUCGAUUGAAAUGACACCGCUCAACAUCAACCGCCUCCAAGCAUGGAUUGACGCCGGUCGUCUGAACCCCAACGAACCCAUCACCCUCAAAGAACUCGCAAGAUCACGUUGCGUCCACGGCAUCAAAGACGGUAUCAAGCUCCUUGCCCGCAGCUCCGAAAAGCUCAGCACCCCCGUCGAAAUUGUCGUCAGCCGUGCCAGCGCCUCUGCAAUCGCCGCCAUCGAGUCCGUCGGCGGCAAAGUCAUCACUCGCUACUACAGCAAGCCCUCCAUCUCGCGCGUCCUCAAGGGCCACACCGACCCCAUUUACAGCAUCCAAAGCGCUCCUGCAGAAACACCUCGUCCGGAGUUCAAGUACAGAUUGCCCGAUCCGGCCAGCAGAAAGGACAUUGAAUACUACAGAGAUCCUGCGCACAGAGGUUACUUGAGCCAUUUGUUGCAAGAAGGCCAGAAUCCCAGUUUGUUCUUCAAGACGCCUGGAAUGGGUCGUGUGGACCACAAGAAGUCCGCCUCCAAGGGUGCCAAAUCUGCCACAAAGGGCGAGAACAGGGUUUGGUAG